AUGGCUCCACCAACUGACACUUCACUCAUGGAGAAGAUGGAAAAAAAACUACACAGGUUCUAUGUUCCACUUUGGGUGAGGCGAGGGCGAGAGGACGGCCGCUCGGCGCUCGCUCGCUCGCCGCCAAGGCGAGAAAAUCAUCCCCGGGCCGCUCCACCUCCGUCUCUGGAUCGCGGGCCCCCACAUACGGCGCUGGCCGCGACGGCGCAGCAGGAGAGGAAGAGCCCUUCCGGCGCGAUCAGAGCACCUGAUGCUCGCCACGUGUCUACGCGGCACGGGUCCGUAUCACGGAUAGGAAGAGAACCCUGCCGCCGCGAGCCCGCGACGCGAUGCGCCUCCCGGUUUUCGUUUGAGCCCCCUGCAGUCCCCCCACCAGACGGGCGAAACCAACUCUGCGGCAGAGGGCAGAGAGGGUUUUGGAGCAGACAAGCCUGGCUCUUGUUCUUCCUCCAUCUCUUCCCUCGCCUUGCGCGUGUUGGCGGCUGCGUCCGCGAGGCCGCCGCGUCUGGCCGGAUGGUUCGUGCGGCCGUCGUCGCCUUGCUCGCCGUCGCUGUGCUCUUGGCCUGCUUGCCGCCCGCCGCCGCCUCGUCCUACCGGGGAGCAGCGGCAUUGCGACGGCUCGAGACAGCGGCGCCGAUGGACACCGCGCCGGGCUUACAGGAGAAGGCGGACGUGGCCAAGGGCGCGGAGGAGGACCUGAGCACGACGGGUUUCGGCGCGGAGUCCGAGAGGGAGGUGCCAACGGGACCGGACCCCAUCCACCACCACGCCCGGGGGCCAAGGCGGCAGUCACCUUGAUCAUGGCGCGCGACACGGCGGCGGAGGAUCCUCGCUAGCUUCCUGGAAGUUGUGGUCUUGAUCAGUCGGGCAUGAACCGGAUUCCACGAUGAUCAUGCUGUUUCUUUGUUGUUGACUGUAAUCUGUGAUGCACUUUUGGUUUCUAAAUUCCAUUGUUGUAGUAGGGGAAGCAGCAUCUACCUAUCAACUAUCAUCAAAACCUUGUUUUGGCAUGCCAAUUAGAGAAAGGGAAUACAACGCAAUUCAUAAUAAAGGGUGUACAAUGAAUUCCAUGUAUGAGUUGUUCUUUCCCUGGUAAUAUUGUCAGUUUUGUCU